UGUCAUUGCGGACAAAAAGUGAAUUAAUUUUCUAUCAAAGGUUCAAAGGACUGAUUGGCCUUUUUUUAGAAUUAAUUAUUUUAUUUAUAUAAAAUGGAUGAAGAAGGAGAAAGUAUACUGCUUGAAGAAAAUUAUUACCAAUUACUAAAUGUAUCAAAAACGGCUACACCGGAAGAGAUAAAUAGUGCUUAUAGACGAUUCUCGCGCAUGUUCCACCCAGACAAACACAGCACAGACCCCAACAAGCAGAAAUGGGCAGAGCAGAUCUUCAACAAAGUCAAAGAGGCGUAUGAAGUCCUUUCUGACUCGCACAAGAGAGCAAUAUAUGACACCCUAGGAAAAAGAGGGUUGGAAGUUGAUGGCUGGGAAGUCAUAUUCCGUACACGCACACCCAGAGAAAUAAGAGAAGAAUAUGAAAGGUUAAAGAGAGAGCGAGAGGAGAGAAGAUUGCAGCAGAGUGCCAAUCCCCGAGGCACCAUCACCCUAUCAAUUAAUGCCACUGAAAUGUUUAUGAAAUACUAUGAUGAGUAUGAAAUUGUGGAAGAUGCACAAAUAUUACCUUCAAUAGAAGUGUCUGGGAUGACUAUCCAGCAAUCUAUUGAUGCUCCAGUCACCUUAAGGAAUACAAUGACUUUGUCAGGAAACAUAUCUACUCAGAAUGGAAUUGGGACAGGUUCAGUGAACAUGUGUAACCGUCACCUUAGUUCUGAAAAGGGCUGGACAGAAGUGGAAUUCGGUAUCGGCAACGGACCGCUCGUUGGUUUCAAGAUAUUCAGAACAUUGUCGCGGUUGAUGUUCUUGAAUUGCGGCACAGCACUGCACUUCACACCUAGAGGCAUUUCACCUAGUCUUAUUUCAACUAUGGCCCUCCAACUGGACGCGCAUUCAGUAGGCUACUUAACAUACCGAGCUGGCGGUCAGGGAGGGUCAUCCAUGACCAGCAUAUACGUGAGGGACUCUGAGAAAUACCAUUCUAACACGGCCAUACAGAUCGGAAACCCACACUCUUUCAUAUCCUUCAAUAUUAUGAGGAAGUUACCGCAGCAUGAUUUGAAACUAAGAUUGGCUUUGAAAUUGGGAACUUUCGGAGCCAUAGCUGAAUACGGCGCUGAGAAAAAAGUGUCACAGAAUAGCAGCGUAUCAGCUGCCGUCAUGGUGGGGGUGCCUAGCGGUGUUAUGCUCAAAUUGAAAUGGACUUGUUCCUCCCAAACCAUAGUGGUCCCGAUCCACCUCAGCGAGGAGGUGAUGCCCUCCCCCGUGUUCUACGCGACUGUGGUGCCCAUGGUCUCGUGGCUGGUGCUGAAGAAGCUCAUCUUGGACCCGAUAGCCAGGGAAAGGCAGGAGCGGGAAAGACAGAGGUCGAUGGAAGCUAAUUACGAAAGAUUACAAGAAAUGCAGCGAGAAGCGCGGGCGACGGUCGAGCUCAUGAGGGAAACUUAUUCUAGAAUCAGGAGUGACGAAGAAAAAAAGAAGGGCUUGGUUAUACUAAAGGCGCUCUACGGGAAACUGCCACAAGGCGAAUCAUCACACGAGAUCACCGAACAAACGGGCGACGGCGCGUCUCCGCAGUCACCGUCGCAGUACAGCGAGGUCAUUGACGUCACGAUACCACUGCAGUGCCUAGUGAGGGAUUCCCGGCUAGAGCUGCUGGAAGCCAGCAAGUCUGAACUGCCCGGCUUCUACGACCCGUGCGUGGGCGACGACAAGCACCUCACCGUACAGUACAUGUUCCACAACAACCUGCACUUCUGCACUGUCGCGGACGUUCAAGCUGUCGUACUGCCUCGCAAUAAUCAUCGGAUAAAGAAUAGAUCCUGAAAAUUAAGGUCCAAGCGCAGGAGUUAGAAUCUGCGCGGGUUACUUGACGUAGUAGAUAUUGUUGAUAGUCCUACAGGAAUCCAGGAAAAUAUUGUUACACGGCUGCUAACAUUCCAAUUUUUGACAGAAUUAGUUGCCGUUUAAGCAGUACCAUAGAAUUCGUAAUAAUAUGAGACUAUAGAAAUGCUAAGUAUUUGUGAAGAUCGUUUCCAAAUUACAGCCCAUUUCUGAAAUUUAUUACACAGCUUCGUAAAAUCUUUGCACGAUACACGAUGGCAACACAUCAUUCCUAUAGGUUCAAUUACAAUAUAGUAUUUCUAUAGUCUUGUAUUAUUCCGAUUUACAUGGGCACUACUAACAACGGACUUUCAUACCCUCCCUCCGAUAACGAAUGCCUUACCAUUGUCCCCCAUCCAGACUAAACAAAAAGCGAAAGUUAAAAGUAUUGGCUGACAUUGGCUAUAUAUAUGAUACGAUUAUUGGCUGAUAGAGAGCUGCAUAAAAAUGUUGUUAAAGACGUUAAAAUUUAAAAUUAUAGAUAUUAAAUAUAAACCACUAUAUUUAAGGGAGGGUUGUUAAAGACUUAUGGAUGAAACGUUAUUUAUGAAGUAAGAGCGAGAGAUAUAGAUUUAAUAAAAAUAAUGCACGCGUUAUAAAACUUUCAAAGCUAUCAUGAUAUGUUUCGAAUAUGGAUAUGUUAUUUAAGACAUGAGUAAAACAUUAAUGGUUUAAAUCAAUUGUAGGUGUAAUACAGAACGGUAUUUGGUAGAAAUGAUAUAGGUAAAGAUAUUCAAAGAAUUCUUUCACAUUUGAACGGUUAUUCGCCUGAUUAGCCGUCUUUUAAAGUCUCAUAGUUUCAAGCAUUUCGUAUAUUUUCAAAAGUACAGAACCCCAAGUUUCUUUCUCGUAGGGUUUGGCAGAGACUACAUACAUCUUCUAUUUGUUGCGCCCACUUUCUGUUCUUCGUAUACGUUCUUUUCAUGUACCUUUAUUAUACGGAUUUUAAAAUGUGAAUAAAAUUUCACAAUGACGUCUAAUUGUCACUUCUACCAAAUCACCUUCCUUUUGUAGAUACAUCAUUAGAGAUAUUGAAUACAGACAUAAUAGUUGACAUGAAUUGGUUGAAAAGCUUAUGUAAAUAUUACAAUAUUCUAGAUGUUUAUACUAUUUAUCGCAUCAAUAGUGUUAAUUAACUUUCAUUCUGAUAUCCUUAACUUAAUAUUUUGUAUGAAUUGCUAGACUUAUUUUGAAAGUAUGAUUGGUGUACAGACACUAUACCAAAAACUUAAUUUAUGAUGACUUUGAGAUACUUGUCAAACAAUUUUAUUCUGGAUUUACGUGAGACAAAAGUAGUGUAAUUUAAUUGUUGGAAAAAACUUACUGUUAAUAGAACUUGCUUCGUUGAUAUUAUAUUUGUUUAUAUUGAGAACUCUUUUCAGUGUAAACUUUUAUUAUUGAUUUUUUUUUUAUUUCUAUAAUGUACAAUGGAGUUUUGUUAAACACUGGGGCUAGAGUCUAACACACAUACGACGCGAACUUUAAUUUUGAUAUUCAUCUAUAUUAGCUCAAAAUAUUUAAAAGCUCAAAUGUUGUAAGAAAAUUACUUCUUAAAGUGGCAUUGUGUGGUGGACUCUAAGCUCAGUGCAUGUGUAUAUCUUUGCGAGUUCUUACCCCUGAAACACGAUAUGUUUUGCGUUGUCUGACAGUGCUUUUAAUGUAUUUAUGCUGGUAGAUGUUCUUAAAAUGUCGAUGAAAAUAAAAAAUAUUACUGUU